AAAAAUGGGCAGUGGCUGAUGGUGCGCGGGAAGGAGUGAGGAGUGAGGGGCGACGAGUGAAAUGUGGGAUGCGAGUUAUGAGUUGUGAGUAACGGAAAAGUACAUAAGGUACUCGUACUUCUCUACUUGUUCAACGUUGAACACAACUUGUCCUACGAGAAAGGAACGAGCCAAAUAAUCUUCUCCGCUAAUCUUUUUCCCUUUUGAAAAUCUGAGGUUUUCUAUGUACUUCUGAGGGAUAUUCCAAGAUUUCCUGCAAGCCGCCAGAAAUUUGUCAUAACCUGCUUUAGCACUUUACAAUUUUCUAAUCACUAUAUAUAGCCCCCUCUCAGUUAUCAUUUUCUCUCUUUAAGAACAAUGGCACCUAUAGCUCCCCAAACCGUCGAUAUCAUCUUCGCCGGCGGCGGCACAGCUGCGUGUGUCUGCGCUGGUCGUCUAGCCAAGGCAAAUCCAGAUCUACGAAUCUUACUUGUCGAAGGCGGCAAGAACAAUUUCCAAGAUCCGAGUAUUACUACUCCGGCCGUGUAUUUAUCUCAUUUGGCGCCGGAAAGUAAGACUGCUUUGUUUUACAAAGGUCAACCUUCCCAGCACCUCAACAAUCGCUCUCCGAUUAUCCCAGCCGGAGGUCUCCUUGGUGGCGGCUCAUCCAUAAAUUUCAUGAUGUACACGCGCGCCCAAUCUAUCGAUUUCGAUUCUUGGGAUACAGAAGGAUGGACCGGAAAAGACAUGCUCGAAAUGUGUAAGAAAUUGGAAACAUUUCAUCCUACCGGAAAGGGAUUUGACAAAGAGAAACAUGGAUAUGAGGGACCUGUGAAUGUGAGCGAUGGUGGAUAUCAGGGGAAGAGUGUUGAUACCUUUAUGGAGACGAUCAAAGGGAUGGGUUAUAGGGAAAUAGUAGAUUUGCAGGAUGGAGAGGAGUGUGGAGGAUUUAGUAGAUGGCAACGCUACGUCUCUCCAGACGGCAAACGCCAAGACGCAGCACACACUUACAUCCACCCACUCCUUCAAUCAUCUUCAUACCCAAAUCUUAAAAUCCUCCCCGAAUCGAAAGUCGUACGUGUGCUGUUUGAUUCCUCUACACCUCCUCGAGCAACAGGUAUAGAAUACAUACCCAAUGAAGACCAUCAACCCUUUGUUGCACUUAGUAAAGCAAUUCCACACACAAUCAGAGCAGAGAAAUUAGUGGUUGUGAGUGCAGGAGCCUUGGGAACACCGCAGGUCUUGGAGAGGAGUGGGGUAGGCAGGAGAGAUGUGCUUGAGAGAUGUGGAGUAGAGGUUGUUAAUGAAUUAGAUGGGGUGGGCGAGUCAUAUCAAGAUCAUCAUUUACUUUUGUAUCCUUACAGAACAUCACUCGAUGAUUCUGAAACCAUAGACAACAUCUUGAGUGGAAGGAAAGAUUUUGUCAAAUCACUUGAAGCCAAAGACCCUCAAUUGGGCUGGAAUGCAGUUGACGUAUGCAGCAAACUCCGUCCCACUACCUCCGAAGUCGAAGCUCUCGGCACCGACUUCGUCUCAGACUGGGACCGAGACUUCGCUCCCUAUCCCACAAAGCCUCUCAUGCUCUGCGGCGUCGUGAGUGCCUUUCUAGCAGACCCAACACUUGUCGAUCCAGGCCAAUAUAUAACCAUGGGCACCUACACUGCCUACCCCUAUUCACGUGGUUCCAUCCACAUCACGUCUUCUACUGACGUACAGAAUGGCUAUGAAUUUGACGCUGGCUUUUUAAGUCACCCAAGUGAUUUGAAGAAACAGCUUUGGGCAUAUAAAAUGCAACGAGAAAUAUGUAGACGACUUCCCUAUUACCGUGGGGAAUUAGAACUGGGACAUCCAAAAUUUGGAAAGAAAUCUGCUGCAGCAUUAUCUAAUGGGGCACUUGAGGGAGAAAUAAAGGGUAUUGAAUAUAGUGCAGAAGAUGAUGCACUUAUUGAAGAUUGGAUCAGAGAUAAUCUGAAUACAACAUGGCACUCUUUAGGAACAUGUGCGAUGAAGCCGAAAGAAAAAGGGGGUGUGGUGGAUAAGUAUCUAAAUGUGUACGGGACGCAGGGAUUGAAGAUUUGUGACCUAAGUAUGGUUCCGGAGAAUGUGGGUGCAAAUACCAAUAAUACUGCUCUAGCAGUUGGCGAGAAGGCAGCUGUUAUUAUUGGGAAGGAGCUGGGGAUCGAGGUUUGAGGUUUAGGGUUUGAGUUCCACAGAAUGUGUGGGGGAUUGAGGAGUUGGGACGGGUUUUGGGGACGCGAGUAAGUAAUUGGCUUGUACGUUAUUAUGAUCAAUGAGAUGUUUGCGCUAGGAGUUAAUUCAUCUAAAUAAUGAAACACUAUUUAUACCUUUACCUACCUAUUAUCCCUAGCCAGAGUCA